AUGGAUGACGAUUCUGGACCUCCGGUUUCGUUAGCAAUUUGUGGCAUCGUAAUAUCGUUGUUUGUGCUUAUAAUAGCCUAUAUCUAUUACACUGGAGGAAUAUGCACAUCAGAGAUCGUGGGUGAACAAACGGAGGCAUCCAAUGCGUCCUUACCUACCGAUACAGAACAGCACAGCAGAUCCUUAACUGCGAAGCAGCUGAAGAAACAAGAGCUGAAAGAAGCAAAACGUCGGCAAAGGGCUAUAAGAGAUGAGGAGCGCAAAGAAAGAGACCAAAAAAAGCAAGAACGUGAGGAUAUUUAUCAACAACGAAGGGAAGAGAAAGAAAGACAACUACAUGAAGAUGAAUUAAAGCGUGCAGAUCGCGCAUAUGAGGCCUACAGAAACAUCGUAUCGUCGUUUGUCGUAGAGACGGAAGGGCACGAGCAACAGUGUAAACAGUUCAAUGUUGAAGACUUCAUAAAUUUCGUUAUUUGGAAAAAAGUCACCAACCUCGUCGAGCUCUCCGCAAAGUUCGAUUUGCAACAGAACGAAGUCGUGAACCGUUUAGACCAGUUGGAGGCCCAAGGUCACCUGUUUGGCCUUUUGGAUGAACGAGGUCGCUACAUAUAUAUUUCUACCACAGAUAUGGACACCUUACAGCAUUAUAUAGUGAACAGUGGAAGGAUGCACAAAAUUCGCAAUCUAGUUCCGUUUUGCAAUACUGCAUUGUGUAUGGAACCGACAGAAGAGAAUGCAUCGAAGCUGCGAGCGUGGGAACAGAGCGUUCAACAAUACACAAUGGAAGUGUGA